CCAAAGUAGCAGUCAAAAUCCCUCCCCUUCUGCUCGCGGCGGACGUGCCACUUUCGCUCGACGCUCGCCGGAAUGUCAGGCGGCGCGCCUCCUACCUCAGGGAUCCCUCAGGCUCCCUCUUCUUCGUCUUUGUCGUCGGGGCUUCCUCCUCCCCCACCUCCUCCUAAGAUUCUCCUCGCCAAGCCAGCGGGCGGUGCAGCAGCAGGCCAGAGGCUCGGCCGGGAGGACGAUCCCUCCGCCGUCGUUCACCGCUCCCGAAAUGCCCAACAGCCCGGAUCUUUAAAUCUUCUCUCCGAGUCCUGGGAGUUUCACACCGAGCGGAUCCUUCCGUUUCUAACUGAGAACACCGAUUUCACUGUAAUUGGAAUUAUUGGACCACCUGGGGUUGGUAAGUCUACUAUCAUGAAUGAGCUUUAUGGAUUCGACGGAAGCUCCCCAGGAAUGCUUCCGCCUUUUGCUACACAGUCUGAUGAAAGUAGAGCAAUGGCAAAACAUUGUACAGUCGGUAUUGAAUUGAGGGUAUCAUCUGAACGACUGAUACUUCUUGAUGCCCAGCCAAUAUUUAGCCCUUCUAUAUUAGUAGAUAUGAUGAAGCCUGAUGGUUCAUCUGCUAUUCCCGUUUUGACUGGAGAGUCCUUACCUGCAGAUUUAGCUCAUGAACUGAUGGGAAUUCAGCUGGGUGUGUUUCUAGCAUCUGUUUGCAAUGUUUUGUUGGUCGUCUCAGAAGGGAUUCACGACUUCAGUGUGUGGCAGCUUAUGCUUACGCAGGUUGAUUUAUUGAAGCAUGGAAUACCAGAACCAUCUUUACUGAAUUCUGCACUAGAGAAGGAAGCCAGAGGCAAUCUUCUGGCUACUAGUGAAUAUUUGUCAGCUGCCCUUGUUUUUGUUCAUUCAAAACUACAAAAUCAAGAUUUAUCUCAUCUUAAUGGGUCACUGUUAAGGAAAGCAUUGUUGCAGUUCUUCCAUUCAUCCUCUUUCAGAAUCAACAAAUCGGGAACUAGUUCUCUGAACUCAACGGCAAAGGAUUCGGUCUCUGAACAUCCUGAUGUGUUUCUGCUCCCUGCAAGAGAGAAAAACUUGCAAAAACCCAAACCACAAUUUGAGAGCUAUUUUUCUGCAGUAGGAAAGCUACGGGAUCAAGUAUUGUCGAUGAAUGGCCAUCCAUUUGGGAGAAACAUCUCUGAGCGUGAAUGGUUGCGGAACUCAGCUAAAAUCUGGGAGUUAAUAAAGAAAUCCCCAACCAUUUCUGAAUACUGCAGGACGCUUCAGGGUUCCGGAUUGUUCAGGAAAUAGCUUUACUCCUUGCUUUCACUGUCUUGCUUUGGGCAUUAAAGUGAAUUUCGUUCCAAAAACUGUCUUCUACGAAGCCCAGGUACAGGUAUCGGUUACUUACGACUUUGAUCGUUUAUGUUAGAUUCUAAGCUCACACACAUUCAUGGUCUUCGAGUGGUUCUUCAUCAGUUUUUGGUACUCAUCCAAUCCGAUAGUACUGUAGAGAUCAUCAUUUAAAGUCAAGUUCUAUUCUCAUAACAAGUCCAAGGAAGAUAAUUGGGACAAGUAAGAAAUUGAAGAAUAGAUGUCUCAAUAUUUUGGUUGAAGAAUAAUUAUCUCCAUAUUUAUAAGAAAUUUAAACAUGAUGAAUAUCAUCCAUUGUUGAUCA